AAAGUCUGGACCGAGGAUCGAUCGAUGCAGGAGGUUCCCAGCAGGAUGGCGGUAGUCUGCAAAGAAGUGCUUCUCGAAAGGAAUGGCUGUUCAAUCCUUAAGGGCGUGAAUAUGUGCGUAGCACAGGGACAGAUAUAUGGACUGUUGGGACCGUCUGGUUGUGGAAAAACCACGCUGCUGAAAUGUUUACUGGGCGACCUAGUUGCUGACUCUGGCUCGGUGUCGAUCAUGGGCCUGAACCCGGGUCGGGAGGCUAAUCGUAAAGUCGGGUACAUGCCUCAAGAAGACGCCCUCUGCGAUCUGUUUUCGGUCCGUGAGACUCUAUCAUACUUUGGAAAGAUCUACGGAAUGCCUGAGUCCUGUAUGCACGAUCGCAUGAGGUUCGUAUGCAAACUGCUGGGCCUCAAUGUACACGACAGGGUCAGACACAUGAGCGGAGGUCAGAGAAGGCGUCUCUCAUUGGCUGUCUGUAUUUUGCAUUCGCCUCCGAUACUCAUACUCGAUGAACCUACCGUGGGCGUCGAUCCUCUUCUGAGCCACGAUAUCUGGAGGUAUCUGAGAACUCUGACCGACGAAUCCGGUGCUACAGUCAUCAUCACCACUCAUUACAUCGAAGAAGCAUCCGGUGCAGACAUGGUAGCACUCAUGCGCAACGGAGAUAUCCUGAUCGAGAAGAAUCCAAAGAAGCUGAUCGAAGACUACGCAGUAGCGACGCUCGAAGAUGUACUAUUAGAAGUAUGUCGAAACCCGGAAGGGGUCGCAAAGCACGCAGCGCUCCGGAACUCGGACUCAAUCUCACCACCGUCGAAACCCUGCCCCCAAUCGUUGGUGGCGGAGAGUUGCGUUCUGAUCGCUUCUAUGAGACGUGUUCGCACGCUACUUUUCAAAGAGAGAUGCUCCUUCGCGCGACAUCCGGGAACCAUACUAUACAAGUGCGUUUUCCCUCUGAUAACCCUGAGUUUAUUCUUCUACACCAUGGAAUGCGAUCUGCCCGACCUGCCGGUGGCGGUCGUAGAUGAGGAUCAAACGUCUGGGUCAUGGCUUCUCAGCGGACUCCUCGACACGCAGGACAACAUCAAUGUCGUUUACACGAACCGAUCGGAGGCUGAACAGCGUCUGAGAGACAUACGCGUAUAUGCAGUCCUCACACUGAAUAAAAACUUCUCGAAAAGUUGGAAUUCGACCGUCGAGAUCGAUCGAAUCAACCCGUAUUUCAGGACCGCUGUAGAGAGGGCAGUGCGGGAGACCUACAUGAAUCCCCUGGUCAGCACCAUAAAUUUCGCCCCUUUGCUGAGACCUAGAUACAUUUUCGGAGACAUCGGAGAUAACAUGUACAAGAGCGUGUAUCAUCGGGUCGUUGCCCAACUCAGUUUCGGACCAUCGAUGUUAGCUUCAGUGACCCACGUUUUCGUCAGUGCCCAUGAUGACUUCAUUCAUCGGAGCAAAACGGCAGGGUGCCACACGUCAGAGCUAGUGUUGUCAUUCUUCAUUUCCCAGGGAGCUCUCGUGUUGAUUCAGACUUUCCUGCUGGUGAUUUAUCUGUUUUUCAAAGUGGCCGUGAGCAUAAGCUUCUUCUCUUGGCUCCUCGUCUACUCACUCCUCGUGGGCGUCGGUUUCUCCGGAAUAUCGCUGUCACUCCUCGUAUGCUCCGAAUGCUCGGAGUUCACUUUGGCGCUGUACAUGGCUCUGCUCCUGAACAUGGUCACAUUUGUUAUGUGUGGCGAAAUAUGGCCCAGAGAAGGAAUGCCGGAGUUCAUGAGGGACUUCGUGGCCCCCCUCUGGCCGAUAAGUUAUCCCGCAGACGCCAUGGGAGUUAUUCUGUAUCGCGAUCGUUGGUUCGAAGACCGCCUCGUGCAACUAGGCGUCGGAACAAUGGUCGCCUGGAUACUGAUUCCGAUAUUGAUUUUGGUUCUCAUCAGCUCUUUCCGGAAGAACGGCGUUUUCUAG